AUGAAGACCGAUUUACAACAUAACAUGUGGCUCGCUGCGAGUCGGAAAAUUCUCCUGACGGAUAAACUUCCUCAGCAGCUUGCUGUGUCUCCGAUGACGACUCCGACAACUGAUAAAGGAGAUGACGAUGACGAUGACGUCCUCGGGUACAUUCCUCUUCCUCCGGAAAUCUACAGGGAAGUCGAUGAAGUUGACUUCGAAAUCCUCUACGAGAUGGAUAGUCGCAGUUGUCCUGUACGAAACCCUGAAAAACUAGGCACUUUGAAAAGCGGUGACCAUUUGUCUUCGAAAACCGAGAUCGCAUCCGUGUUUCGUCGUAAACCUGAAACAGAGCACUUGUCGUGUGGAAGAAUACUAAGUGGAGACGAGGUAUACACCAAAAACAUCACACGUGAUCGUCCGAAGCUACGAAACCGCAAGUUGAACAUGUCCUGCACAGAAGUGAGGGCCCGUAUACUACCUCCGAGAAGCCUCAGGAAACUCGAGUUCGGUGUGGCGUACGCUCGUAUUGUCUAUGAGGGUUAUGAAUUCAUAGAAGACGAACUCAGGGCCAGCUUUCACCCGCAAAAUAUCUUCUGCUUCUCUGUAGACGCGAAAGCUGGGAAUGAAUUCUAUUCCAACAUUUUUGCGCUUUCGAUUUGUCUGCCUAACGUACUGGUUUCUCCAAUUCGCUAUCCGAUAAAUAGUCUAGGAGAAAAUGUGAAUCAAGCUCACUACGAUUGUCUUAAGCUUCUUUCCAAGCACGAAGGCUGGCAAUACGCCAUAUUACUUCAGAACUACGACAUGAUGAUCAAAUCUGUAUACGAGACUGUGUCGAUUCUAAAAGCGCUUAACGGUGCAAAUGACAUCUACUCAAGACCUUGUGAAAAGAAUAGAUGGAAUCACACAGCAAAUUGGAAUGUGCGCACAUUGAAGCUCUUCCGUAAUGAAUCAUUAGCAACAGCCUCACAAUUAGCUACUAACUUGACAAUCGUUCGAGGAGUGGUACAAUCUUCAAUAAGUAGAGCUGCUGUUGAAUGGGCUGUCAAUACCGUUGACCUAACUGCGCUUAUCAACCAAAUCCACACUCGUGUGCUCGGUACAGACGAGCUACUUUGGGCUAUCUUGCAAAUGAGCGAUGAUUUACAAAUGCCAGGAAGAUUUACCGGAAAUUGCAGUAAAAGCUACGUACCCUCUUUUACAAGAUUAACCAUCUGGAUUAACCAAAAUGAGUUUCCAUGUCCCAAGAAAAGACAUAGCAUCUGCAUAUUUGGAGUAGAAAAUCUGCAGUUUCUAUCAGCGAGUAGAAGCUUAUUGGCCAAUAAACCUUACCCUGCCUAUGACUAUGCAAUAGUUGACUGCAUGCACGAACUGUUGUUCAAUCGCACAUAUCUCGGCCAAAUCGAUCAUGAUUUGGAUCUGCAAUUCUACAGAUCCCUUGAAAAUGUGCGCUAUCACACGAAUUCCAUCAAUCCCAAUCCGAAUUACAAACUGCAGUGUCCAUGA